GUCUUACUUUGAAUCGUAAAUUGAUAAGUAUAAACAGAGUGCUAAUGGGAACACUGAACCCAAAAUAUCUUUCUAUGGAACGAAAUUCAAACUCUGCAGAAUAAUUCGUAAAAGAAAAAAAAUCUGCUGAAUUCGAAAAGCAUGGCGGAUUCUUCAAACGCGCCGUCGAGUUUUUGGACUCAAGCCAACGCUUUGCUGAGGAAGAACCUGAUUUUUCAGAAACGUAAUAUCAAGACAAAUAUUCGACUCGUUCUAUUCCCACUUUUCCUCUGUUUGUUGCUUGUUCUCAUCCAAAUGUUGGUGAACAGUGAAUUAGAUAAGCCCUCAAGAAGGUGUGGCUGCACUUGUGUUGAUACAGGGAAUGGCCAAUGCGAAACAAGGUGUGGGAUCGAAUACUCGACUUUGGACCAAGCGUUCAGCUGUCCCAUUCCCCAUCCUCCGGAAUGGCCUCCGUUAUUACAAGUGCCAGCUCAGCAAUAUCGUGCUGUUAGAACUGAUGUUACAUCAUAUGGAGACCUGCCUGGAGAUUCAUGCAAGCAAACAGGUUCCUGUCCCGUAACUACGCUUAUUACAGGGAAUAACCAAACAUUUGGUCAAACGGUGGCUGGAAACAUGUUAUCGAGGCCAUUAAAUAUAAAUUUCUCAGAUAUUCUGCACAGCUUAGCAGAUUAUGCCUUGGGUUCGGAAUCAAAAACCCGGGUUGUCAGUUUUAUUGAUUCUGCUUUUCUUUCAAGUUUUCCCGUUGACCUUCUUCAACCUCAAUGCCUAUCAACAUCUCGAUUUUCUGUUGCUAUCAAAUUAGGUUCUGCUACAUUACAACAAGAUGUACGUUGCGCACAAGGCUUACAAUUGUGGCGCAAUAGUUCUACCGAGAUCAAUGAUGAGCUGUACAAGGGUUACCGUAAGGGGAAUCCGGAGAGAAAGAUUAAUGAGAUAUUAGCAGCUUAUGAUUUCGAGAAUUCAAACGAGAAUCUAUUCAAUGUUACCGUAUGGUACAAUUCUACGUAUAAGAACGACACAGGCAAUCAGCCUCUUUCCUUGAUACGGGUGCCUCGUUCAAUAAAUUUGGCGUCAAAUGCCUAUCUUCAAUUUCUGCUUGGACCAACCACAAAAAUGCUUUUCGAGUUUGUGAAAGAAAUGCCAAAGUCUGGAACAAAACUCAGGCUAGAUUUCUCAUCUCUCCUCGGGCCACUCUUCUUUACAUGGGUUAUUGUACAGCUGUUUCCUGUUGUACUAACAUCUUUGGUUUACGAGAAAGAGCACAGACUAAGAAUUAUGAUGAAAAUGCACGGGCUUGGAGAUGGACCUUAUUGGAUGAUAUCUUACGCUUAUUUUCUAGCAAUAUCUUCAAUCUACAUGCUAUGCUUUGUCAUAUUUGGCUCUGCCAUCGGAUUAAACUUCUUCAGACUAAACGAUUAUAGCAUCCAGUUUGUGUUUUAUUUCCUCUUCAUAAAUUUGCAAAUUUGUUUGGCUUUUCUUGUUGCUGAUUGGUUUUCUACCGUGAAGACUGCUACAGUUGUGGGGUAUAUGAUGGUAUUUGGAACUGGGCUCUUGGGUGGCUUCCUUUUUCAGUUCUUUCUCCAAGAUUCGUCGUUCCCAAAAGCAGGGAUAAUCGCUAUGGAGUUAUUUCCAGGAUUUUCCCUUUAUCGUGGGUUAUAUGAGUUUUCACAAUACGCGUUCAAUGGAAAUUAUAUGGGAACUGGUGGAAUGCAAUGGAAAGAUUUAAAUGAUAGCAAUAACGGAAUGAGAGAUGUCUUGAUCAUCAUUGCAGUCGAAUGGUUAGUCGUUCUUUGUACUGCUUAUUAUGCAGAUCAAGUUGUGUCAUCUGGAAAAAAUCCUCUAUUUUUCUUGCGGAAGAAGCAAAAAAACCUCUCGUCAUCCUCCUUCCGUAAACCGAGCUUGCAAAGGCAGGGCUCUAAAGUUUUUGUUCAGAUGGAGAAGCUUGAUGUUGACCAAGAGAGGGAGAAGGUUGAACAGUUACUACUGGAAUCAAGUACAAGUCAUUCAAUCAUAUGCAAUAAUCUCAAAAAGAUAUAUCCAAGUAGGGACGGAAACCCCGAGAAAUUUGCAGUAAGAGAGCUCUCACUUGCUUUGGCAGAGGGAGAAUGCUUUGGUAUGCUUGGUCCUAAUGGGGCUGGUAAAACUUCAUUCAUCAACAUGAUGAUUGGGCUCAUAAAGCCAAGCUCUGGAACUGCAUACGUUCAAGGACUAGAUAUACGCACUGAUAUGGAUAGAAUUUAUACCAGCAUGGGUGUGUGUCCGCAACACGACUUACUGUGGGAAACUUUAACGGGAAGAGAGCACCUAUAUUUCUAUGGAAGGCUUAAAAAUCUCCAAGGUGCUGCCCUAACACAAGCAGUGGAAGAAUCUCUUAAGAGUGUAAACUUAUUUCAUGGUGGCGUGGCAGACAAAAAAGCGGGGAAAUAUAGUGGAGGCAUGAAGAGGAGACUUAGUGUCGCCAUUUCACUUAUCGGAGAUCCAAAAGUGGUGUAUAUGGAUGAGCCAAGUACUGGAUUAGAUCCUGCUUCAAGAAACAUGUUGUGGAACGUAGUGAAACGUGCUAAGCAAAACAGAGCUAUAAUUCUCACCACGCAUUCAAUGGAAGAGGCAGAACAUUUAUGUGACCGUCUUGGAAUUUUUGUCGAUGGAAGCUUGCAAUGUGUCGGAAACCCUAAAGAGCUCAAGGGUAGAUACGGGGGAUCGUAUGUAUUCACGAUGACAACAUCUCCGACUCACGAGGAAGAAGUAGAGAAGUUAGUACAACAACUCUCACCAAAUGCAACAAAGGUAUACCAAAUCUCAGGUACACAAAAAUUCGAGUUGCCAAAAAACGAGAUAAGAAUAGCAGAUGUGUUUGAAGCAGUAGAGAAUGCAAAGAGUAGAUUCACCGUUCAGGCGUGGGGUCUGGCAGACACAACAUUAGAGGACGUCUUUAUUAAGGUUGCAAGAGGGGCUCAAGAAAUCAGCACUCUUUCGUAAUAACACGAUUGAAAGGAUGUGAGUUGGUCGAUUCUAUAGCUUCAUAUAUAUAUAUAUAUAUAUAUAUAUAUAUAUAUUAUUGCUUGAGAGAUGCUUCUGCAUAAUUUUACGGUUUUGUGUUUUGUACAUUUGAAGUAUAUGAUUACUUGAACUAAUACUUGUGUAGAUGUGAAUUCUUAGAGUCGAGAUAUGGUAAAUUUGUUGUAAGUAGAAGCAUAUGUUCACUAUGAAUUUGAAUAUAGCCAACAAGAAAUUGGGUACGAUCUAAGCAUCUCAUUUUGUGCAGUUAGCUGCGAGGUAUUUGGUUUCUGAUUUUGAACUGAUAGUCCGUUUAAUGUGUUUCAAGUUGGUGUGGUUCGGGAGUGUGUAUCAACAGUUCAUUGAUGUGAAAAUUAUAAGUCAAGAGUCCAAUUUGCCUUGGUC